GCGAACGAAGAUGAUGCUCCAGGCUUAGACUGGAUGUCUGAGACAGACAGACUUCUGGCGAUGGAAAUGUGUAUCAAGUUAGCAGACAUCAACGGUCCUUGCAAGAGGCACGACAUCCAUGUUCAGUGGACUUACAGGAUAGCAGAAGAAUUCUAUGAACAAGGAGAUGAAGAAGCAAACCUAGGAUUACAAGUAUCACCUUUCAUGGAUAGAAAAAAUCCCCAACUCGCCAAACUUCAAGAGUCUUUCAUCAAUCAUUUAGUAGCUCCCCUUUGUAACGCAUAUGGUGAAGCAGCGCUUUUACCUGGAGUAUGGGUGGAGGAUUCUGAUAGUGGAGAAGAUGAUGAUGAUAAUACCGAUCAAACGGAAUCCUCAACUGUUAAAUUCGUAGAAGAAGAUGUAGUCGAUAGUGACAGCAGCGUUCGAAGUGCCGCUGCUGAUGGUGGCAGACCACUCCGGAACCGAAAAGUGUGCUGCCUUCAGACCGUUCAUCUUCGAGAGAAUUAUGAAUAUUGGGUUGACAUUUUGAAGAAAGAACAGGCGGAAAAUGAAAAAUGUGAAGCGGAAAGGAAGGAAGCCGAGGAGGAAGAGGAGGGGGAAGAUGAUAAGCAAGCUCCAGAUGAUGAGAUGGAAACGAUUGAGGAAGAAAGCAGUUUGCAAAGGAUCUCAACGACGAAAGAUGCUUGUUGAAGAAUAAGCCUGAAUGUUUACAGUCUGCAAGAAGAAUUUGAAACUAGGAAGAUUUAAAAAAAUAAAUCUUCCGUCAUCUAACAGUUGAUCAAUCAUGAGUGGAACAGUUCCGAAAAUGAGCAGAAGAUGGCGCUGCCAUCCCACUGUGUUCCCGUGUCUAUUCUCUCGGUUAUUCAUUGUGCUGUGUCUACUUAAAUGUAUGGAAACGGACAAAUGAACGUAGUGUUACUAUCAAUAUCUCAGUUUUUUUUUUUUUUUUUUUUUUUUUUUAACAACGGUGCUGCCGAGUUAUGGAUUAUAUGCUAGUGAGAAUUAUGUGUCAAGCACCCAGUCUUUGUACAUCUGUUUGUGUACAUCCUAAAUGUACUCUGCAUUGAUUUCGCCUCGUGGAGCAAAAAAAAUUGUUUUGUUUGUAUGGAAUCGUAUUUAUUAUUCGAAUGGCAGCUUGAAAAGUUUUUAAAGAAACGUACAGAAAGUGAUAUGAAUUUUUUAGGUAUAAAUUCGAGGCAGAAUAUUAUAUAUAUAUACAUAUAUAACAUAUAUAUCUUAUUGAAAUGUCGAGCUUAAUUUCCUCCCCCCCUCCUUUCCCAGUGCUUCAUGUCUCGAUGUCGUAAGGAACAUGCUCAUAUUUUGCUCGUCAUGUUUCUAUUCGUGUAAUUUCACUUGCAAUUUACAUUGCAUUUUCGAGAUGUGAUCACGAGUAUCUCAUACUUUAAUUUUGGAACUUUUUCAGCUGAUUUUCUGUAAUUUAUUGAAUUUUAUGUUGUUAUAUUUAUCUUAAAUAAUAAUGUCAGCUGAAAAGAUCAAAUUCUUAUUUAUUUUUAUAAAUUAGCUAUAUAGAUAUUAAUUUUUUUAUGCUAGUUUUAGUUAGAUUUUAAUCAAAAUUAUUUAGCCUGUUGAAGAUUUUGCUGUACUGUAAAAGUAUAUAACAAAAAUUUCGAAGGCCUUUUUCAUGUUUUGUACAAAAUUAUACAGUAAUUAUUAGUCUAAAUAAAUGAGAUAGCUAAGUAUUUACUAAAAGCUGCUCUGAAGUUCUAAAUUUCGCUUGCUAAAUUAUUAGCGAUCGUUUAAUCAAUUGAUUUUUUUAUCGGCAUUAUGAAAAACUUACUUAAAUGCAUAGUCAAGCCCUGGCUAAUUGCCUUUUCUUUUAGAUGUUCAAAUCUUCACAUAACUUUUAACAUGCAAAUUUUUAUCCUAAAUCUUUCGUGUAAAUAUACAUUCAAAGUAUAUAUUUACACGAAAUUCAAAGUAUAUUUACUUUAUCAGUUUUUUUGGACUGCCGUGACAAGUUUAGCAAUUACUUUAAUGUCUUCCAAAAGAUUAAAGUUUGCAUUUGCAUGGUUACCGGAUUUCAUAUUUGAUUUCUUGAUUGUUUUAGUAAUUAGUUUUAAAACUGGCAACAGGUUUAAAAUGUAAAAUGAGUGAAAGCAUAAUAUAAAUUACACUGCGAAUUGCAAGUUCAACUGCAUUAUAUUUAAAAGAUAUAUUGCUCAGGAAUAAUUUAUAUUUAUUGGUUUAGACUUGAUUUUUAUGUGGAUAAUUUGAUAGAUCUGUAAGUGACAUGAUACCACACACUGCAAUGUGAAAUUUUUUAAAAAUUACAUUACUUAUAUUACUAAAAUGCAGCUGAGUAGUAAGAUAUAGUUAACAAAUUUAAAGAAUAAAGCAUAAAUUGCAAGUAGAUGCAGCCAAACAUUUUUUGUUUUGUUUUGUUUUGUUUUGUUUGAGCCAAUUACACUUAACGUUCUAUGAACAAAAACAGUUUAAUUAGCAAUACUAUAACAUACAUUUAUUUUACUCGACGUAUUGAAACAUUUUAAAUAAAAGAAUGCUCUAAAUAUUUGUGUAGAUCUACAGGGUGUCUCAAAAGGUCGUUGCCAAAUUUAACAUGCUGGUCUCUCGUACCCUCAGAAAUAAGAUUUACGUAAGAACUUGUAUCCGAAAAUGGGAACAGCAACCGCUAGAGGGCAGUAUUGGCAAGCGUAGCGGGGGGAAAAAGAAAGGAAGUCGAAAGAGGUGUUAAUAUGGUACAUUAGAAACGACUCCAUAUACAGUGAAUGUAAAAUACCAUUGAUUAUUGAUGCUAUAAUUAAACUCUCAAAGAAAUUUCACAACACUAUCAACAAACCUAACAAUCCCAAUUCUCACAGGCAACAUCAGUUCUCCGCGACACAGAAAAAGGCCUAAAAUCAUACUCCGAAGUGUCACCUAACUAAAAUAUUAACGUAACAAAUUUCUGCUUAAAACUAGACCUUAAUACUCAGAAGAAACAAAAUCUUCACUAAAAUUUUAAAAAAGACAAAAAAGAAAAAAACACAUAUAUUUAUUAAUUCUAAUUUAAUUCUCAUUUAUGUAUGCAGUAAUAGACUAUAAUAUAUCAAACUGCUAGGAUUUUUACCAACAGUUCAAAUCCUUAUUAUUUUUCUUAAUUUUUAUAAAAUUAAUUGAUACUCAUACUCUUAGCAGGCUUAGUUAAUUAUUUUGCUUUCGCCCCUCUCUCCACCUCAUUCAAGUCAAAGUGCCGUGAAUACCAUACUAUUUGUAUGACGUGUUUCGGCUCUUUGAAGUAAUUGCCCUGUGGGCUGCCCGAUAGUAGAGUUUUCCUUGCGAUAGUAGAGUUUUCCCAACUCAUCGCCCUUCUAAAUUAGUAUGGAUCUGCUUUAGAGAGCCCCUCCCCCUUAGCUCACUGAUGAUCACACUUCACCCAAUAGGAUUUCUCCUCCGCAGCCAAUAGCGCUCACUCUUACACUCCUUCAACCAGCUUACUGAGCCAGCUUCCUCUCAUUCAGCCUCGGACUUUCUUUUCACCAUCGACGGAACAGCUGGCCCACUGGGUUAGGUGCGUUUCAGCCUGUUGGAUCCAGUCGAUGGAACUAAAAAUAAAUACAUGAAUAAACAUAAAUAAAAGAGCUUAGUACUGUGUCCUCCGGGGAUUAGCCAUGAAACGAGGAGCAUUGAAGUAAGGACCAGAACAUGGAAAGAAGGUGCAUGGUGGGGACUGAGACUAAGCGGAACACUUUUCACUAUUAUCAUACAUGUUAGGCAUACAGUUAUAUUAAGAAUGUGCUGUAAAAAUCGGGUACAGAUGUAAAGAUGACCAAAUACAUUACAAAUUAUCAGCCAGCCUCGGACUGUAGACUCUGCUGCACGCUCUACGACUGCUCUGCAAAAUAUAUCGAUUCACAGCAACUCCUCAAUCCUCAAACAUCUCCAAUAUGCCAUAUUACUCUUCUUAGACUCCAGGACAGGACACGUGCCGCUGCUUUCACGAUUCCUAGUGACGAGAUCCAUGUCCGAUGUUCCUGUCGUCUCGUACACCAUGGAGUUCAUGUAUCCCCACAGAUAGAAAUCCGAAGGAGUCAGUUGGGGGAAACUUCCGUGCCCGUACGAAUGGUCCGUCUCUGCCAAUACAGUGAUCAGGAUAUGUCCUAUCGAGGUAUUCCCAUAAAGUGCUGGUAAAAUGUGCAGGCGCUCCAUCAUGCUAAAACCAGAUGCCACAAAGUGUGGCUGCUGGAACGUUAACCAUCAAGUCAGGCAACACUCUUUCCACACAAUGUCCAUAAAGAACUGAGACAGUGAACCGAUUCAUUCUUCUCAUACAACGUGCUUGCCUGAAAUGAUCACACUUUCCAAUCUCCCAUAAGCCUGCGAACACUGCCCUCUGGCGGCCACCCUGUAUAUUAGAAAAACAAUUAUAGCAGAGAAAAAGAUAUACAAUAUAAAUUUAUUACAAAAGGAAAAAUAAGAAUAUAUUCAGAAAUUUAAGGGGACUCAUACACCUUAAA